UCCCGGCCUCUCUAGCACCGCCAGCCGGAAGCAGAAACCGCUGUCCAAGCAAGGGCAUAUUACGGUUCUUGCGCUCCUUGAAAACCGUCGUGGACCUUGCCAGGAACGGACAAGCACUGUCCAUUAAAUGUCCCAGAACAUUGUUCUUGCUUCGGCGACUGCAAGGACCUUUGCUUUGCUCACGAGAAAUGCAACUCUUGCCAAGUCUAUACCUUCGGGGAGGCUGCGGAAGAGUUCAUCUGUGCCCUCUUCGAGGACAUCGUCAACAUUUCGACUUUGGAGGAUGACUUUGAGGAUGACUGGGUCGACGACUGGGUGGAACUUCUAUGACCAGGCAACGUGAAGCUUGUGACUUCGGACAUGCACUAUUAUUGGAGUCUUUUGUAGGACAUUUUUCAUAUGUCAAAAACUGGUUUUUGCUUGGC